AUGGCUGCUGUCCAAGCCAACAAGACUGUGCUGCUUACUGGCGCAUCGCAGGGACUCGGACUGGCGACCCUCGAAAUCCUGCUCAAGAACGGCUUGAACGUCGUCGCACUCCAGCGGACAGAGAGCAAGGAGCUGUCGGACCUCGCAGCCACGUACCCGGGCGUGCUCGUCAUCUCCAAGGGUGAUGUGAGCAAGGACGAGGACAACAAGGCGGCUAUCGAGAUGGCCAUGCAGGCGUUUGGCCGACUAGACUCGCUCAUCCUGAACGCUGGCCAGAUGGGACCUUUGGGACCCGUCGCGUCCUUUACCGACCCCGCCGCACAACAAGCCCUCCGCUCGCUCUUCGACGUCAACUUCUUCUCCCUCGUCUCGAUCAUCUCGCAUGCGCUGCCCUACCUGCGGUCGAGGGACGGAAAGGAGGGGUUGAAGGAGGAUGAGCCAGCGGGAAGGAUUGUGCUUGUCAGUUCGGGUGCGGCGACAGGCGGCGUGACGGGCUGGGCGGCGUACAACGCCUCCAAAGCCGCCAUGAACUCGCUUGGCCGAACACUCGGCAAUGAAGAGAAGGACGUCGUAACCGUUGCGGUCCGACCAGGGACGCCCGACACGGUCAUGCAGGCCAAGAUCCGCGAACUCGGCAAAACGACCAUGUCCCCCUCCGACCACGACCGCUUCAUCCAGCUCCACGCCAAGGGCGAGCUUUUGCCGCCUCACCAGCCCGGCGGAGUUCUCGCUGGUCUGGCUCUGCAGGCACCGAAGGACUUGAGCGGCGCUUUCGUGAACUGGAACGACGAGAAGCCGCUCGGGAUGCAGUUGAAGCCGUAG